CGCGCGUGGCGCGAUCACUUCGGUUUAUUUUCUCUGCACAUAAUGUUGUGUUUGUGUUUAUUUAUUUAUUUAUUUAUUUAUAAAAAAAGAUCAUUAAUACGGAGUGAUGCAGUUUUCUUAACACUGAAUGAUGGCGUGCACGCGACUGUCUUCGGUAAUUUCCGGUAACUUUCGCAUCAGUAUUUGGAACGGAGAUUUAAUCUCGCGCACUCGGUGCUCAGAGUAGAUUUUCUGAUUUAUUUAUUUAACUUUUUUUAAAUAAAAAUAAAAAAUAGAUAUAUUUAAGUUAAAAAAAAAAAAAAGUAAAAGCGAUGUCUGGUGAGAAGCCGAGUUUCCGCGCGCAGCCGGCGGUCAAGAGCAUCUUCGUGUACCGGAACGGGGACGCGCACACGGAGGCGCGGCGCGUGCUCGUCCACGAGAGGCGCGUGUCUGACUUCGAGACGCUGCUGCGCGAGGUGACAGGGCGCGUGCGGGCCCCGUUCGGCGCCGUGCGCUGCAUCUACACGCCCAGAGCCGGACACCGCGUGGACGCGCUCGAGCACGUGCGCCACGGCGAGCAGUACGUAGCGGCGGGCAAGGAGAGGUUCAAGAAACUCGACUACCUGCAGAUCGGAAGCAGGAAGAAACAGAUGCUCCAGAACAACGGACUGGUGAAAGCUGCACCGCAGAACCGGAUUAUCGUCUCAGCCCGGUUCCUGAAGCCCAUCAAAGAGCCGUGCGCAAUAUUCGUCAUCGCUAACGGAGACAUGCUGAAUCCGGCUGUGAGGUUUCUGGUUCCGAACCGUCUGCUCGGUCAGUUUGAGCGGAUCCUGGAGAUGAUCACGGAGAAGAUGGGGCUGAGGAUUCUGGGAGGAGUGCGCAGUCUGUGUUCGUUCGACGGCGUUCCUGUUACAGACGGGAAAGAUCUGGAAAACGGGCAGUUUUACGUCGCAGUGGGCAGAGACAAAUUCAAACGCCUGCCUUACGCCGAUUCGCUCUUCACCAAACCUGUGGGCAUGAGGAGGAUCGUCAGAUCGAAAGCAGCUUCUCUUCCACCUAUUUACAAAUACACAAGACAAAACGGGGACGCAGUGAACGGCGUGAGCAAAUCGAAUCACUGCGACGAUGUGAAGAGCACCGAGCCGGCGAUGUCCCUGGUGCGACAGAUUUCCCAGGCGAGACUCAUGGCCAUACGGAAGAAACGGAGCAACCUGACCAACUCAUUUAGCACCCAGGAUAACGAUGAUGCAGAUCCUAAACCUGAAGGCGAGGACGCGGAGAGCGAAGAAAACCCUGUGGGAGACGACAAUUCACCAGCUGAGCAGGGGUACAACAGCGAGGACAAAGCAGCUGGAGAGGAAGAGGCAGCGGCACAAGAGGAAGAGGCAGCGGCACAAGAGGAAGUGGCAGCACAGGAGGAAGAGGCACAAGAGGAAGAGGAAGCAGCACAAGAAGAAGAGGCAGCACAAGAGGAAGAGGCACAAGAGGAAGAGGAAGCAGCACAAGAGGAAGAGGCAGCAGCAGAGGAAGAGGCACAAGAGGAAGAGGAAGCAGCACAAGAGGAAGAGGCAGCAGCAGAGGAAGAAGCAGCAGAGGAGGCAGAGGAGGAGGCAGCAGCAGAGGAAGAAGCAGCAGAGGAGGAGGCAGCAGAAGAAGAGGCAGAGGCGGAGAAUGAAGCAACAGCGGAGGCAGAGGAAGAGGCAGCAGCGGAAACUGAGGAACCCGCAGAAGAAACGGGAAACGGAGGGGCGGAGGGAGACGACACGGCAGCAGGAGAAGGAGGAGGAGAAAGCUAAACGAAGAAACUAGCCACAGCGAUCUAAUAAGAGUAAAUACAGAGAAAUUUAGCAACAGUGUAAGAGACCGUAGCACUUCAUAUUUUAUUUCUUUUUAACAGGCGACAGUGGGGGAAGUCCAUAUAAGGUCAAAUGAAAACAUAUUCCCAGAUCACGUCAGCAUGAACAGAGAAUAUCCAACUAACUCGAACUUUCCGCACACUACAGCAGGCGUGUCUUUGACUCCAUAUACGGGAAUGAAGCUCGGAACGCGGACUCGGGGCCGUGUAUGAACGUGUGGUGACGUAUAUAAUAACGCCAGUCUGAGCCAUAGCGUGUGUGUGUGUGUGUGUGUUGGUUUUAGUUAUGUAGUAGUGAGCGAAUGUGUCAAGUUUUGAUGUAACGAAUGCUGCUUUGUUUUAUACACGUAAAAAAAAUAUAUAUAUUUACAGAGGUG